AUGUCUUCUAUUUCAGAUCCCUCCAAAAAACGUUUGAAUUUAGAUUCUUACAAUAUUAUUGAAACCGAAGACUGGACGUGUGAUAAGUUAGUGGAACAUUAUCGUGCGAAUUUAGAGAGAAAAGAUUGGAGCUACAUACUAGAUAGUAUCAAAAAGGACCUUAAAAAUGUGGCGCUUUUGAAGUCUGGAUUUGACGAGGAACGGAGAAAAAAAGCUCAAGAAAUAAUUGACCACUGGAAACGCAAGCUGGGAACUCUUAGUUCCAGUGGCACACCUAAUAAUGAUGGAAAAGCUGUGGAAAUUUCUAGCGAAAAGACUAUUGCUUGCGAAGAUGAUAAACCCCCCGAAGACAUAAAAAAAUGGACCCCGGAACAUGUCACGAAAUUCCUCGAAUCUAGAAUGAAAGAUCUGGAUUUUAAUGAAACCGAUAUUAAGAAAAUUAGAGAUCAAGACCUUACUGGUCGGGCGUUUCUCCGAUUAACAGAGGAAAAAUUGACCCGUAAGCCGGGUCUCUAUGAACUAAAACCAAGCCCGGCAGAAUCUAUUAUGGAGUUGGUGGAAGAGCUGAAUGAGAAAUUAGGAAGUGACACCAUCAAAGUCAUAACUGUCACUGAACCGAUACAAUAUUUUCAAUCCUAA